GCAGAGGAGUGAGAGGGCGAGGAAAGACGGGAGCCAGGAGGUGUGCUGUGUUACUGCUGCUGAGACUCCAGACUCCUGCAUGCGUCUGUGUUUCCUUUCUUCGUUCUCUGCCAGGAGACUGCUUUAAAGCCCUGAGCAGCUCUUUCCUGCUCCACCACCAAACAGGCCUGCGCUCUGUACACAUCUGCACACCAAACCUUUCACCGCAGCUUUCUACAAACCAAAGCAUUCUACACACCAAAGUUUUAUACACAUUUUUUUUCAGACUCCACGGCUACUGGAAGGAACCAACCAGAACUAAUUUCUUUAAGCUCUCAGAGACUCUACAAGACAGACUGACUCCAACUGAGACUUCUUCUACACCUGAGGACUGUUGUUGGAUGUUCUGUGUUGUUGCCCGUCUAGCAAAUGCAAGUCAUCUGUUAGCUGACGGUUCUGACUGGUCUGUGUGAGAGACUGGGGGUGGCCUGGGGCCUUUUGUGCUUCACUGAAACAGGAGUUGGGCCAUUUGGCCUGCAACCUUUUCCUUGUUUUGUUGGUGCAAGCAGAGUAACUGAGGAAGCUUCUCUUGCCUUCCUAGAGCUGGGGUCAGGUUCCACUGCCAGUGCUGGUCUUGGUAUAUCUGGUUCAAGUCUGGUUUAAGCUGUAGGCUGAUUUAGUCCGGUCCUGCUUCUGAGUGUAGUAAGACGAUGAGGGGGGCAUUGUUGGGUUUGUUGGUGUCUCUGGCCCUCUGUUGCUGUGUUCUAGGCUGGGAUGGAGGUGUAGAGGGACAGGACACCACAGGUGUCCAGACACAGGUGAGACAGGCUGGACCUGUGGAACAUGGGAGAGAGUGGGAGGAAGAGAGAGAGGACGUUAUGAUGGACGACCCUGGUACGGAGGUGGAGGAGAUCAAACCAAAGAAGAAGAAAUCCAUAGAGGAGGUGGAGGCAGCCAGGGCAAAGAAAGCCGCAGAGAAGGAGGCCAAAGCCAAGAAGCAGAAAGCCAACAAGGCGCCCAAAGCCCCGAAACCCACUAAAAAAUCCAAAGCCACCAAGGCACCCAAGAAGCUCAAGGCCACCAAGGCACCUAAAGCCACCAAGGCACCUAAGGUCACAAAGCCCAAAGCUACCAAGGCCUCCAAGACAACAGCAUGGAAGGAGGAGGGGGUGAAGCCGGUGACCAGAAGACCCAGUCUGGAAGAGGAUGAGGAGAAACUCCUGAUUGAGUUGGGCUGGGACAGACUAGACAGCAGACCCUCGGGACACACACCUCUCUCUGCUGGCUCCAAGACCCUGACAGAGCAUGGUCAAGAUUACUGGGACACCAAGCUGGACAGAGAGAGGACUACCACUGAGGUCAUCAUGUAUGUAUCAGAGGAAACCACAGUGCCCUGGUACGAAGAGUAUGAUUAUGCAGACUUGGCAGCUAAACAACUUGAGGAGGAGGCAGAGAAAGCUCGCAAGGAGAAGGAGGAAAAAGUGAAGCGGCUGAGGAAGAAGUGGGAGGAGGAAGAGGAGGAGAGGCUGAGGAAGAUCCCAGUACAUGCCGAACCCAAGAAAUGCCCUCCUCUAGGUUUGGAGUCCCAUCGUGUUGACGAUGACCAGCUGCUGGCCUCUUCUCAGUCUCACCACGGCUUCUCUGCUCAGCGGGGCAGGCUCAACAUGCAGAGCUCUGGUAAUGAGGAGGGUGUGUACGGGGGUGCGUGGUGUGCUGAGCCAGAGGAGAAGAACCACUGGUUUGAGGUGGACGCUCGCAGAGAGGUGGAGUUCACUGGAGUCAUCGUACAGGGCAGGAACUCAGACACAGCGGAAGAUUUUGUGUCCACGUUCUACGUGUCCUUCAGUAAUGACAGUCGUGAUUGGACGGUGCUCCAUGAUGGCUAUGCUGAGUGGUUGUUCUAUGGGAAUGUGGAUAGGGACUCUCCAGUGAUGGUGCAGUUUGAUUGGCCAACCGUGGCACGUUACAUCCGUGUCCUUCCCCAGAGCUGGAACGGCAGCCUGUGUCUCAGAGUUGAGGUCAUGGCCUGCCAACUGACCAGCAGCUUCCGUAGUGAGAAUGAGGUCAACCCCACAGACAACCUUGACUUCAGACACCACAACUAUAAGGACAUGAGACAGAUGAUGAAGGUGAUAAAUGAGGAGUGUCCUAACAUCACUAGGAUCUAUAACAUUGGGAAGAGCUCUGCAGGCCUGAAGAUGUAUGCCAUGGAGAUCUCUGACAACCCCGGGGAACACCAGACAGGUGAGCCGGAGUUCCGCUACACGGCGGGUCUCCAUGGUAAUGAGGCACUGGGGCGGGAGCUGCUCCUCCUGCUGAUGCAGUUCAUGUGUAAGGAGUAUAAUGAGAACAACCCCAGAGUGCGCCGCCUGGUGGAGGGAGUGAGAAUACACCUGGUUCCCUCACUCAACCCAGACGCCUACGAACUGGCCUACGAGAUGGGCUCUGAGAUGGGGAAUUGGGGUCUGGGCCACUGGACUGAGGAGGGAUACGAUAUCUUCCAGAACUUCCCGGACCUCAACAGUGUUCUAUGGGGGGCAGAGGACAGAGGCUGGGUCCCACGCAUUGUACCUAAUCACCACAUCCCACUCCCAGAGAACUUCCUCAAUGGCUCGGUUGCCCUGGAAACCAAAGCCAUUAUUAACUGGAUGGAGCGGACCCCAUUUGUGUUGGGAGCCAAUUUGCAGGGUGGAGAGAAAGUGGUGGCGUACCCGUUUGACAUGCAGCGACCUCCAAAGGCUACAGGGACUUUGGGGUCUCGGCGUGAGUUGAGACCCGGUGUGAACCAUGAGAUGAAUGAGGAAACGUGGGCCCGGAUGCAGCGUCAGAAUGGGGACACGCUACGAGAGACGUCUGACGACACCAUGUUCCGCUGGCUGGCCAUGUCGUACGCCCACAGCCACCUGACCAUGACGGAGACCCAGCGGGGCUCCUGCCACACAGACGACAUCUCUGGGGGACAGGGCAUCAUCAACAGGGCCAAUUGGAAACCUGUGGUGGGAAGUAUGAAUGACUUCAGCUACCUGCACACUAACUGCUUUGAGCUGUCUGUCUUCCUGGGCUGUGACAAGUUUCCUCAUGAGAGUGAGCUGCCUCUGGAAUGGGAGAACAACCGGGAGGCACUACUGUCCUUCAUAGAACAGGUGCAUCGUGGGAUAAAGGGCAUAGUGAGGGACAUGGAGGGUAAACCCCUGGCCAACGCCACCAUUUCUGUGGACGGCGUCAAACACGAUGUCAAGACUGCUGCGGCUGGUGACUACUGGCGGUUGUUGAACCCCGGGGAGUACCGUGUGACGGCUCGCGUCGAUGGCCACACGCUCCAGACCCGGCUGUGCAUUGUGGGCUACGACUCCGGAGCCACCCCCUGUAGCUUCACCCUGGCCAAGUCCAACUGGGACCGAAUUAAGCAGAUUAUGGUCCUCCACGGCAAGAGGCCCAUACGGCUUGUUACCAAAGCACCCCCCCGGGUAGGAAGUGACAUCAGCGGCGGGUCAGUUGGCAGCGUAGACGCAACAAAGACGGGCGCCACUGGCGGGAUGGGCGGGACGUCGGCCAACUCCCAUAAUGCAGAGCGUCUCCGGCGGUUACGGCUGAUGCGCCUGCGCAAGAUGCACCAGCAGAGACUCAGGUAUAACUUCUCCACCACCACGCCCGUUGCCACGACGACCACCACGGCGGCCCCCACAACGACGGCGGAGCUGGAGACAGAGAGCACUACUUCCUGGUAUGACUCGUGGUUCCCUGUGGAGAGUUCGUACACAGAGCCCACACCUGCCGAGGUCUUCACAGAGAUCCAGGAGUCAGAGCCUACACAGGACUACACCUUUGAGUACAAGUUUGAAGAUUACUAAGGUGAAUUUAAUUAAAUUGCUAAAGUAACAAAUUACAGUUUUUAAAAACACAAUCAUAAAGGCAUUAUUCAAAUUGUGUGAAAUUGAAAACAUAUUUAAUUCUUUGCAGAGCUGAAAGAAAAUAUAGCAUUUAAAAAAAACGCUUUUUAAAAAUAAUACUUUCUCUGUGCUCUUCCAUUUAUGUCUCAUGAUGGUCUGUAUUCUGAUAUAUUUUUGUAAUGCUCACACAUAGAUCAGAGAAUAGUCUACAUUCUCUCUCUGCAGAGCAGGGAGUUAACAGCAUGUUUUUCAUAUUAUUUACUUAAGCAAGCCUAUUCUGAGACGUAGAUAUAGGGUGCUUCAUAUGUUUCACAAUAAAAGAGUAUAAACAGGUUAUUUGACACACGCUGAAGUCAUGCUUUGCCUCCACGUGGAUUCUUAUGCUUGGUUAGAUAUGAUUACUAAUAUCUAUGGAAACUGCGGUGUGUUUGUAUUAUUACAUUAAAAGUGUUCACA